AUGUAUGCCUCUUCCCUUGACCCCUCAUUCACACAGUAUCCUGUGGGAUCUAUUUCGUCUCCGGCCCUGAGUAGCCUCUCUCGUCCCAUUACCUCUUGUCUGCCUUGUCGUAGUCGCAAGGUCAAAUGUGACCGCCGACAACCACUAUGUUUGGUGUGUGAGCGAGGCCAUUAUGCCUGUUCUUACGUGUCGAAGCCGCCUCAGCCGCUGGGGCUGGCCCCGGAAUCGAGCCGGAUCACCAAACCCAGCAGUGCCCCCAAGGUCUCUUCAUCCACGCUAGCCCGAAUCAAUCCCGGUCUGCAGCGUCUUGGUAACUUCAUGGCGCAAGCGAAAGCAUAUGAGGCAUCGGAACAUAACACUUCAUUGCUGGGCUCAUUCACACCUACACAAUCGACGCCCGCACCCCAUAAUGCGUCACCCCCACAGUCGCGAUCGCAAGACGAUGCACUGAUUCUCGAUAACGGAGUGCCCCACUUCGUCCCCGGUAAGCACUGGGCCUGGAUGGCAGCAGAGCUCCAAGAUAUCCAAUCGGUUCUCGCUGAAUCUCAGAAUUCCGCCCCCGAACACGCGCUCGAAGAUGUCAUCUGGGACGCCGAUUCCCCUGUAACUAGCGGGACUACCUUCUGGCCCGAUACCCGAGAGGAUUGCUAUUUACUCCUUAAUGUUUUCCUGGAAAAUGUAGACCCGAUUCACCGAAUUGUCCAUCGUCCGAGUUUAGCCCGUCGAUUUGACGCGUUUGUUCGCACUCACUACUUCCUAGAGAAUGAUCACACCCCUAUCAUAACGGAGAGCAGUAGUAGUAUGACUUCCCACCCGAAUAAUAUGGAUGCAUUCGAGCCGCUAGCCAUGUCCAUCUUCUACGCGGCCGUCAACAGCAUGAAGGAUACCGACGUGGCCAUCAUGUUCGGCACGGACAAGUCCUACCUCCUGAAUCGAUACCGAACGGGAACGGAAGUGCAUCUAAAACGGCAGAAGUUUAUGACAUCAAGGAUCUUUGAGGUUCUGCAGGCAUUUGUGGUUUUCCUGACCGCGCAAUAUCGGGAAGAUGAUAUGGGGAAGGCAUGGCCGUUGACUGGACUGGCUAUUCGGAUGGCGACAGUCCAGGGACUCCACCGGGACCCCUUAGCUCUACCGUUGGGGACGAUCGAUGUCGUACAGGUGGAGCUGCGCCGUCGCUUGUGGGCGCAAAUCUGUUACUUGGAUUUCCGCACAGCGGAGGAUCACGGGCUUGCCCCCUCGAUUCACGAGUCGGACUUUGAUACGCGUCGACCCCUCAGCCUGGAUGAUGUCGACCUGGUCGAAGGGGUAUCCCCCUCGGCCGGGCUCUCAGAUGUCCCCAAAUUCACCGAUAUGACCAUCUAUCUCCUGCGGAUCACCGCGAUCCAGUAUUAUGGGCGCAUCAUUCAGUUGACGCAUGCUUCGCGGAAGCGUUUGCGCGCCAGCGGUCCUGUGGGAGAGAGUGAAAAAUUAGCGGAGCUGCAGGGCCUGUUGAACACUGCUGAGAAUCUCGCCAGCGAGUUUGAGAGGAACCUGGAUGAUCUUGUUCGAUACUGCGACAAGAGGGUGAGUAUACAAUCAAUGACCUUAGAUUUGAAAGACUACUUGAAAUCCAAAUCCUGGGUCAUGUUCUGGAUUCAAAUCCCUCGACAAGAUCGCGAGAAGGUCAUCAGCCCCCCUAUGAGAAGAAGUGUAUUCACGGACGCAGCCACGGCCAUAGAGAACUGGUGUACCAUCGCCUCCGGCAAGGCCUAUGAACCCUUCCGAUGGCAUAUAUUCUCACACGCCGGCUUCUACCUGAUUCUCUACGUACUCUCCGAACUCCACAGCCCCGGAUUCCAAUCGCCAGAGUGGGCCGAUCUCCGCCAGCGAGGCCUCCGGUUAGCUAACGCCAUCUACGAGAUCCGGGAUUACAACAGGGUCUCAGUUCUGAUAUGGUUGACAAUCCACGCUCGGUGGGGGGGCUUUGAUACGGCGGAUUUCAUGGGAUUGGUGAAUCUGGAGGACUUCGAUUUUGCGGACUUGGCCAAUUUGGAUCAGAUGGGGUUUCAUGGGUUGGCAUAG